AUGGACUUCUUCCCUCACACCGAUGACGAGGACUCCCGCAGCAGUCUCGGGUGCUCGUCCCCGGAGCAGCCGCAGAAGAAGCGGCGGCGCGGCCGCGGCGGAGGCCCGGUGCCGGUGGUCAAGAGGAACCGGAGGGUGAAGGCCAACGACCGGGAGAGGAGCCGCAUGCACAACCUGAACGACGCGCUGGAGGCGCUGCGGGGGGUCCUGCCCGCGAUGCCCGACGAGACCAAGCUCACCAAGAUCGAGACUCUGCGUUUCGCGCACAACUACAUCUGGGCUCUGUCGGAGACCAUCCGCAUCGCGGACCUGGGGAAGAGCGGGGACCUCUCUCUGCUGCUGAACCCGACCCGCCUCAGCGGAGCCCCGAGCCCCGGCAGCGACUCCUGCUCCUGGAGCUCCAGCGGCUCCAGCGGCUCCAGCGGCUCCAGCGGCUCCAGCGGCUCCAGCGGCUCCUCUUCCUCCUCCUCCCCGCCUUACUGCGCCUCCAGCCCGGGCAGCCCCGUCGCGCAGGACUGCGGCUUCCUGCAGCCGGACCCGGUGUUCGGCUUCCGGAGCUUAGUACCGGGCAUCUACUGAGGAAGACGAGGACGACUCUUCAUCAUCACACGGCAG